AUGAUUUCAGUAUUAGUAAACGGCAGCCCAACCAAGGAGUUUAAGAUGGGACGGGGGCUUAGACAAGGUGAUCCAUUAUCGCCGUUUCUCUUUUUAAUUGUUGCAGAAGCUUUUUCUAUGAUGUUGAAAAAAGCGAUAGGAAUGGGGAAAUUCAAAGGUUAUAAAUUUGAUGAAGGAGAUGAAAGGUUCUCUCACUUACAAUACGCGGAUGAUACAUUGAUUAUUUGUGAGAAAUUAUGGUCAAAUAUUUGGACCAUCAAGGGAUUAAUCCUUUUGUUCGAAUCUAUGUCCGGACUGAAAGUUAAUUAUCUCAAGAGUUCUCUUGUUGGAAUCAAUGUUUCACAACAUUGGAUCAUGGAGGCUGCAAAUAUCCUAAACUGUGGUAUAAGUUCUCUUCCUCUUUCAUACCUCGGUUUACCGAUAGGUGAAAAUUCUAAGCGAUUGGAUACUUGGUCUCAAGUGAUCAAUACGGUGAAAACAAGAUUGUCAAGUUGGAAGAAUAAGCACCUGUCCAUUGGAGGUCGUAUUGUAAUUCUAAAAUCAGUCUUAUUCGCGAUUCCGGUGUACUUCCUCUCCUUUUUCAAGAUCCCGCCAGGUAUUAUUUUCAAACUAGAGUCUAUAUUUAAACAAUUUUUAUGGGGGGGGAGCGAGAUUGAGAGAAAGAUAAAUUGGGUCAGCUGGGAGAAAGUUUGUAGGCCGAUCGAAGCAGGGGGUUUGGGAAUUAGAAAUCUAGGUUUGUUUAAUACAGCUUUAUUGGGAAAAUGGAAAUGGAAAAUAAGAGCAGGAAAAAAAGGAAUCUGGUUCUCGGCUUUGGAGAAUAGAUAUGGGUCAAAUGUAGAGGCUUUGAGGUCGGGGAACAACGGUAGCUCAAGAUGGUGGAAAGAUAUUUGUGACUUGAAUUUAGAUAGUAUAGAGGAGUCAAGGGAUUAUUCUGUGAAGGAGGCUUACAAUACUCUUAUGCCUGAACCAGGUUCAGAUGUAAGAAUUGCGUGGUCGAAAUUAUGGAAUAAAGCGAUCCCCACAAAAGUAUCUUGUUUGGCCUGGAGAUUAGUUCAGAAUAAAAUCGCAACGAAAGAUAAUCUAGUUAGGAGGGGCGUAUUGUUGCAGGGGCAGGAGAGAUGUGCAGGGGAGUGUGGAAGAGAGGAGAAUGUUUCUCACCUUUUUUUUGAGUGUCACUGUUUCGCAGGUGUUUGGAGUCAUAUUUGCAGAUGGAUAGGUGUAGAUGCAGCUCUACAUAGCGAGGCGUGGCAGCAUUUGUUACAGUUUGAAAAUCUGUUAGGUGAAGGAAAUUUGUCAACUUUGAAGCUUCGCGUGCUGUGGUGUGCUUGCAUUUGGGGCAUUUGGAAGGCUAGGAAUAAUAAAAUAUUCCGAAAUGAAGAAAUUCAGAUUGCCCGCGUGACCGAAGAAACUAAGGUUUACGCUUGGAGAUGGCUCAAGAUAAAAUCCAAACUGAUCAACGAUGAAUUUUCUCUGUGGUGUUUGAAUCCUAAGGCCUGCUUGGGACACGGGAUAGGAUGA